AUGUCAUGGCCAACACGGUGGCGGCUCCUCUGUCUGCUUUCUGUCCUCGUCGCACCCGCCUGGGCAUGGUCAGGCACGGGCCACCUUCAUGUGGCGAUGGUCGCGCAAAAGGUCCUUACAGAAUCGAAUCGGCUGCAGGUGCGAGACCUGCUUCAUGGAGAUCUCGUGGACUUUGCCCACUACGAGCAGAAGCUCCACGCGCAAGCUGCAGCGCCGAACAGCGCAGCCUGCCAGUUCCAUUCGCAAACGCCGGAGUGGAAAUGCCAGGACGGCAUCGGCAUCAACGGUCAGGUGCACUGUGAUGGCUCCGAAAGCAGCCAUUUUUCACUGCUGUGUGCACUUGCCUACACAUUCGAAAAGUUUGCCCAUGACAUGCUUCUGGUGGAGUUCCCAAAGACGGACUUCAUCAGGAUGGCUUCAGGCAAGGUGGAGCGCUUCUGGACAGACCUCAAGGCAAAUCCCGAGCUGAGUGGCUACGCCGAAAUGCUUACGUCCCCCGAGGAUGAGCUGCGAUGGCUGGCGAUUUUCCUCGGAGACAUGCACCAGCCACUGCACUGGCUCCGUGGCGAGCACGACUACGGCAGGAAUCUCACCGUGAUUCACAACGGCAAGGAGCAGAGCCUCUACGACUUCUGGGAGCAGGAGUUGCCGCUGCUCUUCCACAUGCACAACUUCCAAGCCGCCGCUAGCAGGCUAAAGCGCGAGCAGAAACUGGAGCCAUUCAACGUCCACCCCAGCGACGUUUUUGCUGAGUGGGGUCGGGAGUUGUCUGCGCUCGCCUGCCGCGAGAUCUACGGGCUUCCUGAGCUGGCUGGCGCUUCAGGAGCUGCCCUACGCCUCAACGAAGAGAUCCUUCAGCGCUGGCGCGCGCUCUACGAGGACCUCGUUUUGAAGGCCGGUUUCCGCCUGGCCCGGACGAUGCGCGAGCUGCUGACGCACAGGAAGCACGCUGCUGGGCAGCAGCACGGCCGUGGCCUGCAUCGCCCACGCCGACAUGCGGCGCGCCAUUUUGCGAAGAAUGCAGUGAUCGCCGUGCCGACUGUGGCAGCGCUAUUGCUGUUUUUCCGCUUCGACUUCCGUGGUGGUGUCUUGGCCCUGCAGAAGCAUCUGAAGACAUGA